AUGCCCAUGGUGCCAGCUGAAAAUUUUAAUUCCACAUCGCUAUGCUCCUAUAAUUUCAAGAUGCUCCAUAACCAUCUUCCACCGGCUUGGUGCACAUCACACUGCUUGGCAAGUCUUAUCACAUCCAGAUCACAAGAACAGUCCGCCAAAUAG